AUAAAUAUAGCACUAGUGUAUUGGAGACGUAUAUUCAAGGAAACAAAGUUCCAUUUACAUUUCUUUUGAUGUUGAUCGUGCAGUUUAUUGCAAUUGUAACUGAACGCGCUAUUUAUCUACGAAAAGCACUUAUAUAUAAAAUAGUUUUUCACUUCAUCUCAGUUGUGGGAAUUCACUUUUGGAUGUUCUUCUUGGUACCUUAUAUAACAGCACACAGUUUUGGUGAAACUGCCCCUGUUUUAUUUUAUUUAAUAAAAUGCCUUCAUAUGUUACUAUCUGCAUACCAAAUAAGAUGUGGUUACCCAAAACGAAUUCUGGGUAAUGUAUUUACAAAAGGAUAUUCAUUGGUGAACUAUAUAGCAUUUAAAAUUUACAUGGAAAUUCCAUUUUUAUAUAUUCUUCGAACCAUGUUAGACUGGGUAUGCAUAGACACAACUCUUACGGUAAUGGAAUGGAUAAAAAUGGAAGACAUUUUCCAGUCGGUAUUUAUUGUACGCUGCUAUAGGCAAAUGGAUACAGAUUUCCCCGUUCUACGAGGAGAACCGAAAGCUUUGUAUUCUAAACUCCUAAUUGGCGGCACAAUUAUAUUAAUUCUCAUUGCCCUGAUAUGGAGUCCACUGUUCCUAUUUGCACUUGUUGGAACUGUUGAUUUUCAAAAGUUAACUAACCGUAUAAUUUUAAACAACUAUGCAUCGGAUUCUAUGAUGCUUUAUGACGCGGUUGAUGUUACCGCUAUUAAGUUUUAUGAAAACUCCAUAUCUCUAUGGAAUAUGCCGCCACCCGAUAAAGAUCGUUUAUUACAUGAUUUGAAAAAUGGUGCACCAUUGGAAAUACAUUUAACUCUUACCUUAAAAUGUAAUUUGACACCAGAAGCUGUAAUCUAUGAAACUAAUUAUACACUAACGGAGAACAAAAUAUAUACGAGGGAUAAGCUAGUUAGACUUAUGUCUGCCGAUUUUUCCAAUGAGAAAGUUAUUGUACCAAACAUUUUACCUAAGUUUCUCACUGUGCAAAGACAGCAAGCUAAUGCAAAAUUUAUUAAGGACUAUGAUGGUAAAUUUAACCGUCCAAUAAUACUGAAAAAAAAAGCAGCAAAUCAAGUGAACUGGUGGGAAAUGAAUGAUUAUUGCGAAGACAGAUUUUAUAGGGAUAUUUUGUCAGCAUUACCAUUGAGUAACUGCGAAAAAGGAGUCGUCCUGUACGUGUUUAAUGAUAAAUCGUUUCCGUCUGCUAUGAGUUUUUUAGAAAAAACUGGGAUUAUUGGACUAUAUACAACAUUUGUUUAUUUAGUCUCCAGAAUUAUCCGAUCUAUAAUAUCCAAUAAGCACAGGCGAAUUAUGUUUGAGGAUUUGCCAUAUGUUGAUCGAGUCCUGAAGUUGUGCACAGAUAUAUAUUUAGUUCGUGAAACACAGGAAUAUCGGCUUGAAGAGGAUUUGUAUGGAAAGCUUAUAUUUUUAUAUCGAUCUCCAGAAACACUUAUAAAAUGGACGCGAUUUAAAGAAGAUAUUUCAGAUGCUGGUUCUAGUUCACAGCUAAGUAUUCAACGAAAUUAAUCUCUAACUUAGGACGUGAAAUGUAUAAAACGUGACGUGAAACGUAUAAAGAAUGCAUUUUUUAUUAAAUAAA